GCAUAAAUCAAAUUGUAUAGGCGCGGCCGUGAUAGCGUUGAAGACCCUUUGAGUGCGCAUUCGUGUGUAGAGUGGCUGCGCGCUAUGACACCCGUGACUCCAGAGCGCGAGCUGGGCUUUCGGCUUUAACAGUCAGUCUUGUCACACAACGUUUCGAAAGAUGUUGGGUACGGACGACCACAGGGACAAUCUGAAACGGAACGGGACAGGAAGGAAGCGUCCGUUCAGCCCACCCUCAGUGUUAGAGAUGGAGGAGGACAGGAGCGGGUUAGGAGUGGGGAUGGGGUUGACUGUGGACAGCGAGGUGUGCUGUGACCCCCAGGAGGAGGGCGUAGUCCUGGGGGAGCAGCCAGGACCAGUUGGGGGCGCCCUGCCCUCCUCUGACCACAGCAGGCCCAAGAGAGAAAGGAAACAGCGCAGUUACACAGUGUGUGACGUGUGUAACAUCCAGCUCAACUCCCCAGCCCAGGCCCAGAUCCACUACAACGGCAAGUCUCACCAGAAGAGACUCAAACAGAUGAGCAACGGGAAGGUCCAGCACGGCAACACAGGCACCUCUGCCCAGGGCAACCCCCUCCUGGCCUCCCUGCCUGUUCCGGGACGGCCCCUGCAGCCCCACCUCGACCUCAAGCACUUCCUGCCCUUCAGGCUCAAUGGAUCGUCCCCCCUCAGCCUCUUCCCUAACUUCAGCACGAUGGACCCGGUGCAGAAGGCGGUGAUCAACCACACGUUUGGCGUCCCUCAGCCACUCAAGAAGAAACAGAUCAUCUCCUGUAACAUCUGUCACCUGCGCUUCAACUCCCCGAACCAGGCAGAGGCGCACUAUAAGGGGCAUAAGCAUGCCCGGAAGCUGAAAGCCAUGGAGACCCAGAAGAACCGUCAGCGUCGACUUGGGGAAGCCACGUCCACAGGCAGGGAGAGAGACCGGGAACGAGACCGAGAACGGGACAGGGAGAGGGCUAAGACUGCUGCGACUGUUACACUUCCCACUGAGACCCUCCCCGCACUCAUGGACACAAGCCCGAUGGAGGCAACGAAUUUGCUGCCUGCUGACCUGGAUCGAGUGGUGAAUUGUGAGGCUGUGAAGCUGGGCAAAAGCCCCGGCAGCAGCAGCUCUGUGAUGCUGACCCCUGUAUAUGAGGUGUCCUCCAUGGAGCUGGCCACCCUGUCCCCCGAGCCCCAGGGUGAGGUGUCCCCCUCCUCACAGGCCUCAGAGAGCGGAGCCUCAGACACCAGUGGCCCCGAGCAAGGCCCAGAGGCCCCUGGAACAGUCCUGGAGUCAGGUAGCCAGCCGGACACUUCCAGUACAGAGGGGGGUGAGGAUGACAAGGACCCCAAGAGGAUCAAGCCACACCUCCACUGUCCCGUGUGCAAGGUCACGGUCAACUCUACAUCCCAGCUGGAGGCACACAACAGUGGUACGAAGCACAAACAAAUGCUGGACGGCCAGAGCGUCCAGCCGCGGCGCCGGGGGAAGAUGGCGGGGGCUGGGGGGCGCUCGGCCUGCAAGAGCAAGCGCCUGGGCACAAAGGGCAGCGUAGGGGUGCCCAGCAAGAACUUCCACUGCGAGGUGUGUGAGAUCUACGUCAACUCGGAGACCCAGCUCAGCCAGCACAUGAACAGCAGGAGACACAAGGACCGUCUGGCAGGAAAGCCCCCCAAACCCAAGUUCAGUCCCCACAACAAGAGCCAGCCUACCUCCAGCUUAUCGACUGUGAGAUGGACUGGGUAUGCAGGCGGGGCCGUGUCUGCCAUGAAGAAAAUGUUCAGCCAGUACAACCUCACCUCUCUCUCUACUCAGACCAAACUGGCCUUCCAGAAGCAACUGACCAGGAGCCUGACCACUGGCUUCCUGCCCAGCCCCCUCACCCAGCCCACCUUGUGCACCAUGGCAACCAAUCCUCUGGCUCUGCGCCACCCGGCGGGCACCACCUUCUUUCAGACGCCCUUCCUGAGCCCCACCCUGUUCCGGCCCGCCCCGGGGCCCCUGAGGGCCACGCACCCCUCCAUCAUCUUCUCCCCUUAUUAAUGACACAGUACAGCCCCCCGUCCCUCUGUCCCCCUCUACCAACCCCCUUGCCCUGCCUCCAUUACUGUGACCCACAUGACGAGGGCCACGCCACGCACAAACUAUGCAGACCACAGAAACCAGGAUGGAGAGAACAGAGAGAACGAGGCUAACAACUGCUCAUGUCAUGGAGGACACACCCCCAAUGCCAAGGCCCUGCCUCCUCUCCACCACACCCUAUCUGUCUCCUUCUUCUGUGGUUGGUGGCCUGAGGAACAGGACACACCUCCAUGGACAGACUGGUGCAGCCAGGAGGCCUCUCUCUUACACAGCCAUUUCAUGGGUCGAUUUGGUUUGGAUUCUUAAUAUUAUUGUGUAAUUUAUUAGAGAACAAAAAUAGAUGUAUCUGUUUAGUGUGGUUGCCACAAAUAAGGUCCCUUUACGUCAUGCUACUCCUCAGAACAUUGUUUCUAUAAUUGGUUGGCUUGCUUUUUGUUGUUAUGGGUCGAUAUUGGGGAUGCUAGCAGGUGAGCCCAAUGCUCUCUGAGCUUGUGACUUUCUUCAGCCAUAUGUGGCGCUGCAGAUCUGCAGUCCUACGGACCCAAGUCUAUGAGUGGGAUCUGUCUGAACUAUAUGAACUCAUAUUUUAACACCAACACCCUUCCACCAAGCCCCUAUCUCCCAAACCGUUACUGGGCUCUUGUCAUUGGAACCCAGAGCUCUCAAUUGAUGUGUAGAAUAGAUGAUUAAGCCCUUUCUCUCCCUCUCUCUUUCUUUUUCUCUUUCUUUCUCUCCCUCUCUCUGUCUCUCUCUCUCUCUCUCUCUUUAUUUUUCUCGUUCUCUCUCUCUGAGUCACAGCCCAACAUGGCCUUUCAUAAUUCAUUUUUUACCCUGCAUCCCCAGAAUUAAGCACUCAUUAAGGUCCUGAAAAGGUCAGCUUGUCAACUUGAUUUUGUCUCAAGUUGCAGAUCUGCCUCAUUAAAUAUCUUUGCUCCGUAGCAGUGCUGGUGCAUUGGUUCUGACUGUCUCUAUUUCUCUCGUUGCGGAACAGGCAGCACAAAAUCAUUUUUAAAAGCCUAGCUGUCUUAUAUUAUAAUCUGCCAUGGUUCCCUGUAUCCCAGUGAUUUUAUAGUGCUUGAUCCCCCAAUUGUACUCCCUGAGCCAUAGUCCUUAAUUUUCUCUUGAGCUAUCUCAGCAGGAGCUGAUGGAUAGCAGUGAAUGACAAUUUCCCCUUGCUCAAAAAAAACACUAAGGGGUAGAAAUUACUUGAUGGGUUUACAAUCUUCGAUUAAAGGUUUCCACUGUGCAGAGAUGUAUGGGGGGGGGGGUGAGAACACAUUUCCCAGAUCACCGAUUGGAUCAUCAAGAAUGGAGGGAAAGAAACAAAGCACAGUGCCAUGGCAACCACAUUAAAAGCACCUUAAACAGAUUUACUUAUGAAAGCAAUGAAAAUAUGUUCUAGUUUUUUGUUCUUGUUCCUGGUGUGAUUUUUCAUAAACUCACGAGAGUUUGAUUUAGCCUUUUUCAAUCACACAAACAAUCAACUUAUAACGAUUCAAUUUUAUUGUUGUUGUUAUCCAUGAGACAGGUCUGAAUCUAAAUCUCAGAUCUAGUUACAUUUUUAAAGCAAUACGUUCAAUCAAUGUGUCUGUGUUUCGAACGGUUAUACAGUAGGAGAAUAUAGGAUGUGGGGAGAUGGCUUUAUCUGAUUCUGAACAAUGUAUCUGUACCUCUACAGAGAUGCUCUACAGCCUACCGUACUGUAUUUGAAAGGCCAAUUCCAAGAGUAAUUUGAACUGAUGGGUUGUUGUGAUGCGUUUUUCCUUGAUGGUCAAUCUCAUUCUCAUGAUGCUUCAGCCCUCUCUCUGUGUUGACAUUGCUGGGCUUUCACCUUACAGAGGAGCAGGACACGGCGAUUAUAUGGAUUACACAGAACAGCCAGUGUUAUUGAUGUCGCAAGUGCAGUAGAACACAUAAUCAUAUUCCCAUACCCCUCUCUCCUAAACAAGUAGACCCACCUUUAAACAAACACUCAAUAGCCCCACCAGACCGGCCCCAAUACUUGGGUCUCCUGAUUUAUCCCAAUACCAACUCUCUUUGCUGGUGUAUUACCAAUCCCAACACUUACACCCAACCAGUCUGCUUUAGCAACAGCAAAAUGGGGGAAAUCCUAUGCAGCUAUGUUGUUCCCUUCAGUUCAGUCAGUGCAAUAGUAUUUCCAUGUGUGUGACGCAGCAGCGCCACCUGCAGUGAAGACCUUGUUAUUGCCCUUCUAGAUCAAACCCAGCACUGUUUCUCCUCCAUCUUUUUAAAUCUCUUUGAUUCUGUACAUGUUUCUGAGGCCUUUGUCUAUGGGAAUAUUAAACCAAGCCAUCAGGUCUCUUUGCCAUACCAAUGUGAUUCUCUCCAGUCACAGUAAGUUACUCAGUGAACCAGCCAGCCUAUUGAUCUCCAGUGUUCUCUCUGUCUGUCUAUCUAUCUAUCAUUACAUGGGAACUCUAUGGUAUUCAGACAUUUUAAGGACAUUUUUAUUAAAUAAAUACAUCUAGAGAAGGCAAAUGAUCUAUGUAGAAAAUAUAGAGUAAAUAUAGACAUUUUAUCAAA